AUGUCCGUUCCCAUCCGGCGGAUCAUCACCGCGCACGACCCCAAAGGCAAAGCCUACUUCGCCUCAGACGAGCUCCUCCACCCCUACGAUCCAACCACCGCUCCACGCUUCGAAGCCCCAGGCCCCGACUCAGGCUUCGGGGUGGUCCAAAUCCACCGAUCCCGCGGCUUCCCCGUCGACAACACGCGCCCAAUCAAGGAUCCGCACCGGACUCUUGUCCCUCUGGCCGAUACAAAGGGUCCCUCGUGCAGGAUCAUUGAUCUGCCUCCUGCGGAAGCGGGGUGGAUGCAUCGUACGCUGUCCUUGGAUUAUGUGGUUGUGCUUUCUGGGACGGUUGGGUUCCGGACGGAUGGCGGGGAGGAGAAGGUGCUGAGGGAGCAUGAUGUGAUUGUUGUACGGGGGGUGAAUCAUGAGUGGAUUAACCGGGGUAAUACGGUAGCGAGGCUAUUUGCCGUUGUGGUGCCGAGCAAGGAGAUUGUCACUGAGGACGGGGUGAGGUUGGAGAAGACGCCGGCUGGGGAGAUCUAUGAUCCCCCAGAGGAGGAGGAUUGA